AUGUAAUAUUUAUAACCAAAAGUAAUAGAAAAAGAAAUUUUAUGCAAACAGCAUAAACAGCCAAUUGAAUCUGUCCUUCUAGACUCUAAAUUAUCGGAUGAUUAAAGAGUUUUAUGUAAGUCUUGUAGCAAAUAGAAUCCAAAUUAAGCUGAGAUUGUUGAAUAUCUACUGCUUAAAUAAAACUUUGAUAGAGAACAAUGGGAUAGGAUUAAACAAUACCAGCCAAUAAUCAAACCUCAUAUUGAAUAUGUUGAAAAUUUUUAGAAAGUUGCUGAUGCAUUUAGAACAAGAUUAGUACGAUUACUUGAUAAUUUACUUUGGCUUUCGAAAGAUUGGAUUUCUAAUUUGGCUGAUUUUGCAUAAUAAUACAGCUUUUUUGGAGAAUUAGAUUUAUUAAUCGAGAGGAAAUAGUCAGUUAUUGAUUCAAGAAAUAUAAUUCAAAGCUUAAAAAAAAGCAAUGAAGAUUGGAAUAUUAAAAUAUAGAAAUAAUUGGAUCAAUUUAAUCACUCUCCUGAAAUCAAGAAAUGCGAGGAUGUGUUGUAAUCUUUAAAUUAUUUAAUUCAAAAUCAAGAAAGUGAAAUUAACCAGGAAUAUUCUACACAUUCACAGAUACAAUUAAAUAUAAAAGAAAUAAAGUAAAUUUAUUACAGAAAUGAUGAUUUUUAUUAUGUAUUAACUUAGAAUAAGUAAUUUGAUGGAAAGUACCUUAAUUAGCUACUUUAGAUGCUAAGAAAUAAGAAAAUAACUAAUUGUUUAGAAUUCUUUAAAAAUUAAACUGAUUUGAAAUUUAUCGCUUCUAUGAUUUAAAAUGUUAGCGAAAUAGACUUUAAUAAGAAGAAUUAUUCAACUGAGAACUAUGAUUAAAUUAGAAAGGACUUAAUAAAAUAAAUAUCUUAUGAUUAGUUCAUAAUUGAAUUUUUGAAAUUUUUAGUAAGUCUGACAGCCAUUGAUGAGAGAUUUAUCUAAAGCGGAUCGAAUGCACUCAAUUUAUUGGUAGAAAUGAAAGUGGAUUUGAGAGAAUAAAGCUUUGAGAAUAUAAGGAUUAGAGAUACUUCUAUGGUUGGUGGAAAUUUUGUAAGAUGCAAUUUCAAUGGAUCAGAAUUUGACAAUGUGGAUAUAAGUGGAAUCAACUUGAAUUAGGCUUAAUUGUUCAAUUGUAAAUGGAAAAAUAUUAAAAUACAUGAGUUAAAUAAAAUAGAUGGUCAUUCAGAUUUGAUUUUGUCAGUCUGUUUCUCUCCUGAUGGUACUACAUUAGCAUCUGGUAGUUAUGAUAAGUCUAUCCGUUUAUGGGAUGUUAAGACAGGAUAAUAAAAAGCCAAAUUAGAUGGUCAUUCUGAAAGAGUUAAGUCAAUUUGUUACUCUCCUGAUGGUACUACAUUAGCAUCUGGUAAUUUAGAUAAGUCUAUCCGUUUAUGGGAUGUUAAGACAGGAUAAUAAAAAGCCAAAUUAGAUGGUCAUUCUGAUAAAGUUUAUUCAAUUUGUUACUCUCCUGAUGGUACUACAUUAGCAUCUGGUAGUUAAUAAGAAAUUCGUUUAUGGGAUGUUAAGACAGGAUAAUAAAAAGCCAAAUUAGAUGGUCAUUCAAGUAUUGUUUUUUCAGUUUGUUACUCUCCUGAUGGUACUACAUUAGCAUCUGGUAGUGCAGAUAACUCUAUCCGUUUAUGGGAUGUUAAGACAGGAUAAUAAAAAGCCAAAUUAGAUGGUCAUUCAAAUGCAGUUUAUUCAAUUUGUUUCUCUCCUGAUGGAACUACAUUAGCAUCUGGUAGUGCAGAUUAGUCUAUCCGUUUAUGGGAUGUUAAGACAGUAUAAUAAAAAGCCCAAUUAGAUGGUCAUUCUGAAGCAGUUUAUUCAAUUUGUUACUCUCCUGAUGGUACUACAUUAGCAUCUGGUAGUGCAGAUAACUCUAUCCGUUUAUGGGAUGUUAAGACAGGAUAAUAAAAAGCCAAAUUAGAUGGUCAUUCAAAUGCAGUUUAUUCAAUUUGUUUCUCUCCUGAUGGAACUACAUUAGCAUCUGGUAGUGCAGAUUAGUCUAUCCGUUUAUGGGAUGUUAAGACAGUAUAAUAAAAAGCCCAAUUAGAUGGUCAUUCUGAAGCAGUUUAUUCAAUUUGUUACUCUCCUGAUGGUACUACAUUAGCAUCUGGUAGUGCAGAUAACUCUAUCCGUUUAUGGGAUGUUAAGACAGGAUAAUAAAAAGCCAAAUUAGAUGGUCAUUCAAAUGCAGUUUAUUCAAUUUGUUUCUCUCCUGAUGGAACUACAUUAGCAUCUGGUAGUGCAGAUUAGUCUAUCCGUUUAUGGGAUGUUAAGACAGUAUAAUAAAAAGCCCAAUUAGAUGGUCAUUCUGAAGCAGUUUAUUCAAUUUGUUACUCUCCUGAUGGUACUACAUUAGCAUCUGGUAGUGCAGAUAACUCUAUCCGUUUAUGGGAUGUUAAGACAGGAUAAUAAAAAGCCAAAUUAGAUGGUCAUUCAGAUUCUGUAAGAACAAUUUGUUACUCUCCUGAUGGUAGUACAUUAGCAUCUGGUAGUUCAGAUAGGUCUAUCCGUUUAUGGGAUGUUAAGACAGGAUAAUAAAAAGCCAAAUUAGAUGGUCAUUCAUCAUAUGUUAAUUCAAUUUUUUAUUCUCCUGAUGGUACUACAUUAGCAUCUGGUAGUUCAGAUAACUCUAUCCGUUUAUGGGAUGUUAAGACAGGAUAAUAAAAAGCCAAAUUAGAUGGUCAUUCAUCAUAUGUUUAUUCAAUUUGUUACUCUCCUGAUGGUACAACAUUAGCAUCUGGUAGUUAAUAAGAAAUUCGUUUAUGGGAUGUUUAGACAGGAUAAUAAAAAACCAAAUUAGAUGGUCAUUCAGAUAGGGUUUUUUCAAUUUGUUCCUCUCCUGAUGGUACUACAUUAGCAUCUGGUAGUGUAGAAUACUCUAUUCGCUUAUGGGAUGUUAAGACAGGAGAAGAAAUCGUCUCGUCAGAUAAUCGAUAUAAAAUCAUUUUAGCAUAAUUUUAAACUCCAAUUUUUAAAAACAACAUGAUUGAAAAUAAUGGUAUUAAUUAUCUAUUAUUAUUUAGUUUCAUCUAUUAUCACUAUACUUUUAAUAUCACAAUAGCUUACAUUUCAAUCUUAAGGAGCUCUAAUUUUGAGAGGAGAAUUUACUAAUCGAUCGGGCAUCGACUUGAAGACAUUAUUAAAACAAAGAGGAAGUGUCAUUUUAGAGAAAGAAAUGGAAUUAUAAAAACGAUGA